AUCAAUAUCCUCAAACACGAAUCUUUCAUCCUCGCUCAAAUUAAUGGGAAAAUUGUCGUUUUCUCGGUCCGAAUAGCACUGUUUGUUGGAGGCUCCCAUUAAAAUCAAUGUAAAUAUGUGAGGAGCCAUCAACAUGUGACAUCAUCGUCUGCGACUUCCGGUAGAGGCAGGGCUUUUCUCUUAACACCGAAAAUUCUGACUUUAUCGUGGAUGUUCUCUACUAAAUCCUUUCAGCAAAAAUAUGGCAAUAUCGCGAAAUGAUCAAGUAUGACACAUAGAAUGGGCCUGCUAUCCCUGUUUAAAAGAGAAAAUCUCUUUUUAGUAGGCCUUUAACACAGCUGUUUAUCAGCUCUGUUGAAUCUUUUCACUGGAUUGUGUUAGUGCUAGUUAAUAGAGAGAUUUAAUGUGCAGAAAUGCAAGCUUGUCACUUCAGUCAUUGAUUUGUUGUUCAUUAUUUCCUCGUAGUAGUAGUAGUAGUAGUAGUAGUACGCAGAGCUCGUCCGCGGAGUCGACAUGCGCGUCGUGCGGCUUCCAGUCGGAGCGCGUCAACCUGGACUUCGUGGAGGCGGUGAAGCGGCACAUCCUCAACCGGCUGCAGAUGCGGGACAGACCCAACAUCACGCACCCCAUCCCCAAGGCCGCCAUGGUCACCGCGCUGCGGAGGCUGCACGCCGGCAAAGUGCGGGAGGACGGCCGGGUGGAGAUCCCGGCUCUGGACGGCCAGGCGUCCUUCAGCGGCGACCUGCGAGCGGAGACCUCGGAGAUCAUCAGCUUCGCGGACACUGAUGAGUACACAUCUUCAAAAUCCAGUCUCUACUUCCUCGUCUCCAACGAAGGCAACCAGAACCUGUAUGCGUCACAGGCCAACCUGUGGCUCUACUUCCGGGUCUUGCCAACUGGUCCAGACAAAGGCCUCCGAAGGAAGGUGACGGUAAAAAUCCGCUACCAGGAAGCUGUGAGUGAUGCAGAAGGAGACCUUGGAGGACAUGGUGGAGGCGGCACUGGUCGCUGGGCCCUGGUGGAGAAGCGAGUGGAUCUGAAACGCAGUGGUUGGCAUACGUUCCCCUUCUUGGAGGCUGUGCGGGCCGUGUUCGGCAAAGCUUCCCGCCGACAGGACCUGGAAGUCCACUGCGAGGAAUGCGAGACAGCUGGAGUGGCUCCGGUGCUUGUCGACUCCGGCGACCCCUCCCACCGACCCUUCCUUGUGGUCCGUGCAAGGCAGGUGGACGGUAAGCACCGCAUCCGCAAGCGGGGGCUGGAGUGCGACGGCACCAACGGGGGCCUAUGCUGCCGGCAGCAGUUUUACAUAGACUUCCGUCUCAUCGGCUGGAACGACUGGAUCAUUGCACCGGCGGGGUAUUACGGCAACUACUGCGAGGGGAGUUGCCCAGCCUACAUGGCCGGCGUGCCGGGAUCAGCUUCAUCCUUCCACACGGCGGUGGUAAACCAGUACCGGAUGAGAGGAAUUAGCCCAGGUUCAGUCAACUCUUGCUGCAUCCCCACCAAACUGAGUACCAUGUCCAUGCUGUACUUUGACGACGAGUACAACAUCGUCAAGAGAGACGUGCCCAACAUGAUCGUGGAGGAGUGUGGCUGCGCUUGAGUCUUGUUAUCCUCUUUGAACGGAAAGGCCUUUUGUACAGACGGGACAUUGUGGUACUGUACACACGGACACAACAUCUGCACGUGCAGGCAACACAUCGUACUACAAUCGAGUAUCAUCAUCGCAGCUCGCACACGUCCACACGAGUGUAUGUAUUUAUCCGACUGAGUGAUGUGCCGUCUGACUUUUGGAGUAGACAGCAUCGGGAGGAGAAGGGAAUGAUGAUCACCAAAUUGUACUUUUGUUCGCCAACGGCUCGCCAUCGCCGAACGGAAGGACGAUACGAAGCAUUGAAGGGAAGUGACAAGGUUGGCUCCCAGAAGUGCUCCUCAGACCCCCUAAGUACUUCAAGCACAUGAGAGACUUGUUUGUUUGUUUGUUUUUUUGAAGCACUGACAAUUCAUCAGCUGAUACAACUCAGAACAUAAGCACUUCACCAGCAUGCCGACAGACACAGUCUGCCCGUCCUCUGGUGGGUUUAGACCAGCAGCGCUUAAUGCCUCACAGGAUUACUCCCCCUGCACUGCAGCGGCAACGGAAAGUCCUCCACUAUAUUUUGUACUCGUAAUUACAGACCUUGCGUCUCAGUUUCCUGUCUGUCAAGAGUGCUGCGGGUGGGACUUGAUGACCCGACCAGACACAUCUCAGAAGUGCACUUUAAUUGUGCACCGAGAGAGAGACUGGGAUAGAACUCCUCUACUUCCUACUGCUCAUCAAGCCCUUGCGGGACACUCGUUUCGACCCAGCGGGUCGCCGCGGUGCAAUGCAGCACUUGGAGGAACUGAAAUGCACACCCUGAUUAGCACUUGUUUGAAUAUUUGCCUUCUUGCUGUCCAAUCAUGAAAUAAGUGCCACAUGAGCUAUGCAAUGUAUAGUAAACUCGACACAUGAUACAACACGCCCUGGUAGACGGAACACUGGGGGUGGGCGGUACUGCAGAGUGUGGUAUCCAUCUGAUAUCAAGCAAAUACACGGAUAUUCAUACUUUCAACUUGAAAUCCUUCAAAACCACUGAAUUAUUUUGACUUUAAAGGCCUACUGAAAUGAGAUUUUCUUAUUUAAACGGGGAUAGCAGGUCCAUUCUAUGUGUCAUACUUGAUCAUUUCGCGAUAUUGCCAUAUUUUUGCUGAUAGGAUUUAGUAGAGAACAUCGACGAUAAAGUUCGCAACUUUUGGUCACUAAUAAAAAAGCCUUGCCUUUACCGGAAGUAGCAGACGAUGACGUCACCGGCGUGAGGGCUCCUCACAUCCUCACAUUGUUUAUAAUGGGAGCCUCCAACAGAAAGAGCUAUUCGGACCGAGAAAACGACAAUUUCCCCAUUAAUUUGAGCGAGGAUGAAAGAUUUGUGGCUGAGGAUAUUGAUAGCAAAGGACUAGAAAAAUAAAAAAAUAAAGUUUAAAAAAAAAGAUGUUUUUAGACACAUUUACUACAAUAAUUCUGGGAAAUCCAUUAUCUCUCUAUUGUGUUGCUAGUGUUUUAGUAAGUGAAAUAGUACCUGAUAGUCGGAGGGGUGUGUCCACGGGUGUAUUGAAGCCAGUGUCUGAGGGAAGUCACGGCAGCUGCAUGGACAGCGCAAGCGCCGCAGAUCUCCGGUAAGAGGCGACUUUUUACCACAUUUUCUCACCGCAACCUGCCGGUUGACAAGUGGUCGGGAACCAUAUUCGCUUGACCGCUCUGAUCCAUAGUAAAGCUUCACCUCCGGGAAUUUUAAACAAGGAAACACCGUAUGUUUGUGUUGCUAAAGGCUAAAGCUUCCCACCUCCAUCUUUCUACUUUGACUUCUCCAUUAUUAAUUGAACAAAUUGCAAAAGAUUCAGCAACACAGAUGUCCAGAAUACUGAGUAAUUGCGCGAAGAAAAGAGACAACUUUUUGCCGCAAGUGGUGCUGGGCUAUUAUGUCCCCUCCAACUCGAGACGUCAGCAUUCCGUGACAUUUUCAACAAGAAACUCCGUGGGAAAUUUAAAAUUGUAAUUUAGUAAACUAAAAAGGCCGUAUUGGCAUGUGUUGUAAUGUUAAUAUUUCAUCAUUGAUAUAUAAACUAUCAGACUGUGUGGUCGGUAGUAGUGGGUUUCAGUAGGCCUUGAAAUUUGUUGAUCAUGAUUAUAAUCAGACUAAAUCAGGUUUCAAUAAACACAUUUGUGAUCAAUGUAACAGUAUCCUGCUGACAACCAGCGUCCUCUGCAGUGAACAUUUGUGGAUAAUAGGGAUGGGAAUCACUUCCCGAUUUUAUCGGAUCCAAUUCCGAUUUUUGGGGCAAUGAUUCGAUUCACAAUCUACAAGAUUCUCAAUUCAAAUUGAGUCUUAAAAUAUUUUCUUAUAAUAUAAUUUAUAAUGAAACCUUUUCAAAUCAGGUUGCAGGUCUCAGUCGGAAUGGGAUUUGUAUGGUCCCAUUUGUCACAGUUUAAACGUGACGAAUUGGGGGUGCCCAAUCCACUUUAGCCGCCAGACGGCAGUACUGUUGAAUGUCUUAAGAUGUGUUUGGUGGCAAUUCCAACUUUGACUAUAGCGACAGUCUAUGUAAAGUAGCGCUUUCUAUCAUUGUCAGCAGACUGCUUUGCAAAAUAAUCACCCUCCCACCUUCCUCUUACACAAGAUCUACCCAGAAAUAGGGCCAAAUCAAUCAAUCAAUCAAUGUUUAUUUAUAUAGCCCUAAAUCACUAGUGUCUCAAAGGGCUGCACAAACCACAACACAAACCACUACGACAUCCUCGGUAGGCCCACAUAAGGGCAAGGAAAACUCACACCUAGUGGGACGUCGGUGACAAUGAUGACUAUGAGAACCUUGGAGAGGACCACAUAUGUGGGCGACCCCCUAAAACCUGUGACUCCUGACGUCGCUGCUGACGUAUGACGUAUACAUGCAGUGAGAAAGCAAGGACAUGGCCUAAAAAUUUUUUUUAAAUCAAUUCUUGAAAAUGAUGUAUCGAUUUAAAGUCCUAAUAAAUUGAAGAGAUUUGCGAUUCGGAUGUAGAUUGAUUUUUUUUUGCACCCCCUUGUGCUGUUUUAUUCUAAAACUUGCAAUGUGACAACAUUCUGGUUCUCUGGAGGACAUUGUAAUAAAACAAUCGAAGAUAUGUAACGAUAUCAACGAAAUAACACCAAUGUUAUCAGUUUUCAUUAGUAAUCUGUUCCAAAAUAUCAGAUGAAAACUGAAAGACUUUGCCAUCACAAAUAAUAUACAUUCAAUUUAUCUGUUCCAAACAAUGUGACCAAAAAACUAGAAUAGAACAGAGAAUCCAUCCUUUUUAAAAAUCCUGAAUCCAAACGGUGAACUGGAUCGCCCUCAAUAUCUAUCACGUAUUCCUUUCCCAAUAUCUGAAAUUUCCUCAAACUUUCAUCCAAAUCUGCCCUUAACCUUUUGAAUUAUGUUGAUAACAAACAAAUCAGGCAGAAGCAAUAAUUGUAGUUUUAUAGACAGAGAACAAUGGGAAAUACUCACUAAUUACAAAUGAAAUGGACAAAUGAACAUUUUACACCACUUUUACAAUCAGGUUCGACCCAAGUGGACACCCACCACCUUUGUACUUUGCUAAGACUUAUUUCUUUGACCCCAUGGUGGAUUAUUUUGCAGUACAUUUUGCAAAAAGUACAGCUCACUAACAAACAGCUAGAUCAGGGGUCGGCAACCCAAAAUGUUGAAAGAGCCAUGUAGGACUAAAAAUACAAAAACAAAUUAAAAGCCAUAUUACAUACAGAUAGUGUGUCAUGAGAUAUAAAUUGAAUUAAGAGGACUUAAAGGAAACUAAAUGAGCUGAAAUAUAGCUACAAAUGAGGCAUAAUGAUGCAAUAUGUACAUACAGUUAGCCUAAAUAGCAUGUUAGCAUCAAUUAGCUUGCAGUCAUGCAGUGACCAAAUAUGUCUGAUUAGCACGCCACACAAGUCAAUAACAUCAACAAAACUCACCUUUGUGCAUUCAUGGCCAACGUUAAUAGUUUGGUGGACAAAAUAAGACAAAAAAAGAAGUCGCAUAAAACAUGUCGGAGAAAGUUAUACAUGUAAACCAGGGGUGUCCAAACUAUCCACUGAGGGCCGCACACUGAAGAAUCAAAGCAAGUGGGGGCCAGUUUGAUAUUUUUUUAUUUAAAAAAAACAAUACAAUAUAUGUAUAAGAAAUAUAAAUGUUGGCCUCCACUCAGGCUCGAUCCCAGGAACUCCAAAGGGUUUUGGUCAAAAAAAUAUUAAAAAUGUGUCAUUAUUCAGUUCUAUUAGUUUUAUUAUUAUCCAAGUUUUAAAUCUCUAGAUCAACAUUAAGUCUAUUUGUCAAUAUAAUGAUUUUCAAGAUUUAAGUUUUUUAUGGAAAAAACACAAAAUAUGCAACAUUUUCACCCAAUAAUUUUUUUUUAAUACUUAUAUAAUAAUUAGGCCGUAAAAAAAGUCAAUAACUAAUAACACCGUUGAUUUUAAUUCAUUAUUAUUUUUUGAGCAAUGACACUUAAAAACAAAUCACACUAAAAUUAUUGGGGAUCCAAAAGUGUCCUACUUAUUAAAGUGUUAGAAAAUAAAUUAUACAUUUUUUUUACUGUUUACUUUUAACACAAUAAUCUCGAGAUCAAUUUCAGAUCCAUCCGUCAAUUACAAGGUUUAUUGUUGUUUAUGUUAUUUGUUUUGUUCAUUUUAUGCCCUUCCUUAAAAAACAGCUCAGUUUUUUAUAUGGCAAACACAAAAUAUGCAACGUUUUCCCCCAAAAAUAUGUAAAAGUGGAAUAUUUUACGUGACGUUGAAUAGCUUAAUAAUUCAUAAUGACGAUGAUUUUGUUUCGUUAUUAUUUUUUAAAGAAAGAUACAGCCUGCAUGGCAGCUUUGUGUUAUUAGAGUAAACAAUGCAACAUUUUCUUCUUACAUUUCACCUAUUUGCUCUUUUACAUUACUUUUACGUUUAAAAAAUGUUUCAAUCGUAUUUUUAAAAUGUGCUGUGAGGGUGUUAAAAAAUUACUUGCGGGUCGCAAAUGGCCCCCGGGCCGCACUUUGGACACCCCUGAUGUAAACAAACUAUGGUGAGUUCAAGGACCGCCAAAAUUAGUAGGACAAAUCGGCGCUCGCCAAAUACUCGAAUCAGUGAAGCAUGUAUAAAAUAAACAGUGUGCUUUAUAACAAUUAGGGAGGUUUGUGUCAUGUUUGUCCUCCUACAUUUUUCAUAUAUUUUAGAAAAAGCUCCAGAGAGCCACUGGGGCGGCGCUAAAGAGCCGCAUGCAGCGGGUUGCGGACCCCCGAGCUAGAUGAUAGCAGUCUGUAAGUUUAUUAGUUAGGAACAUAUCGAGCUAGCUGGUUAUCCAAACAAACUUUUCAACAUAGUCCACAUCUUGUCCGUUGAUUGAUUUCUGGACACAUGUUGAUUGAGCAAAACUUAAGAAAAUGUUGUAUAAAUGGUGGAAAACACAAAAAAGAGAAAAGUAAGCAACACGCGGUGACAGUGAUUCGGAUCACCCCCAAAAUCGCAUCACUCGUUCCUUUUAACAUUUAUGACAUUUCCUGCAAGUUUCCUCAAAAAAUUGAGCUGCCUUGCUAUUUAACUAAAAGCCUGAAAAAUAUCGCUCUUUAGUACCGAUAUUGACACCGGCCUGGGUAACACUGCUGUGGAUAUUCCGCUGGAUUCUGCCCACCCCUACUGAACACUGUUUCUCUGAAUGUUUCUGUCUUUCUCCUGUUUUGCUUUCUCACUCUUUCUCUCGCCAGUCCUCGACUCUUAAUCAAUACUUGAAAUGUAAUCUUUCGCAGUCCUUUCUAAGGCGAAUGAUUGUUGUGAUGUUUGCACUGAAAAGUUGCAGGAUUAGUGAAACAAAAACUGCCAUUGAAAAGUUAUUUUUAUAGUAUGUUAAGUAUAUGUUUCAGAUGUAUUUUACUUAACCAAUGGAACCAAAGAGGCCAUGAUUUUUUUUAGCUGUUGUACCAAGAGGUCAAUGUGUAAAAAUACAGUUUUGAUCGUUUGCAAAAGGCCUACUUAUAUCAGGGUACAAUCCAUCAUUUUGUUGCUUACAUCUUUUUGUCAAUACACAACAUUUCAUCUUUUAAUUCUAUUUUUGUUUCAGUUUUCUAUUUAAUAAAACACUAUUUUUAGUUGCUGUUUAAGAAUCACCCUAGCCAAACAAUGUCAUCUGUACAGCGUAUGUAAAAUAAAAUGUUUUCUUAAAUAUUUUGAAA